CUUACUCAUUUUUAAUCGGGUUGUAUUCAACAACUAUUCGAUAUAUAGUAACGCGAUUGUUAACUACUUCUGAAACAUACUUAGUCUUUAUUACUGUCAAGAUAAAAAUUAUGAUUAUUAAGAAUAGUGAGCUUUUGGAAGAUAUAAAUUAUAAUUUAAAAUUAACAAAAUGCAUACUUAAGCCUCUCGGAGUUUGGUCGUUUGUUACAGGGGAUUCUUCUUUAACUAGUAAAUUAUUGUCAGUUUUGAUUAUUUUUGUAAAUUCAUUUAUAAUGUUCAUAACUGUUAUGCCUUGUGGUGUACAUAUGAUCUUUAGAGAAACUGAUCAGGUUGUGAAAAUUAUUUUAAUGGGACCUUUUGGUUUUUAUCUUACUAAUUGUUGUAAAUAUUACUUCAUAUUGUAUCGUUCUAAUAUUAUAAAAAAUUGUUUAAAUCAUCUCAAAAUUGAUUGGGCUAGAGUAAAAACAGAGGAAGAUCGACAAAAAAUGAUCGAAAGUGUUAAUGUUGGUCGUAACAUCACUAAACUAUGUGCGAUUUUUACAUUUUCUGGUGGUGUUUCAUACCACACGGUUAUGCCUAUAUGGAAAGGUAGUACUUUAAAUGAACUUAACGAAACAAUUCGACCGCUUGCUUAUCCAGGAAAUGAUAUUUUUUUUGAUUGUCAAAAAACUCCAAUCUAUGAAUUCAUUUUUUUUCUUCAUUUCAUAUGCGGUUUGGUUUUGCUAACCAUUACAACAGGAGCUUGCCAUUUAGCUGCUGUAUUUGCUACUCACGCCUGUGGUCAAGUUGACACACUCAAAUUACAAUUACAAAAUUUGCUAAAGAAAGAGAAUUCGAAAGCAAAUGAUACUAUUGAUAAUCGGAUGGCAUCUAUAAUACAAAGUCAUGUUAGAAUUUUAGAUUUUUCAAAAAGUAUUGAAAGAAUGUUACGUGAAGUUUGUCUUGUUGAAGUUGGAGCAUCAACUAUGAUUAUUUGUUUAUUGGAAUAUUACUGCAUGAUAGAAUGGAGCAAUAGUGAAACAAUAAAUAUUUUGACAUAUUUAAUGUUAUUGACAGCAUUGACUUUCAAUAUAUUCAUAUUUUGUUACAUUGGAGAAAUUCUAAAUGAACAGUGUUCUUCAAUCGGAGAAUCCACUUAUAUGAUAAAUUGGUAUAAAAUACCUAGGAAUAAAGGUAAAUAUUUGAUGCUCACGAUUGCCUCAUCAAAGAAUCAACGUCAAUUAACUGCUGGUGGUAUGCUUGACCUAUCUCUCCACAGUUUUGGCAAUAUUAUCAAAACUUCACUAGUAUACUUAAAUAUGCUUAGAACUGUAACUGAGUAAAAUAAUAAAUAAUUGAACAUAUUUAUAAAAUUACAUGAAAAAUAAUUAUAGAAAAAAUGAUUUUUCUAUACACGAAAUCAAAUGGAUUUUUCUCAGAAUUAACGAAAACCGUUUUUAAAAACGUCAUUCGGCACAAUAUAAACAACUUUAAAGUACAAUAUUUUUUUUUUAAGUAUAACAAUAGUUUAUUUUUGUAUACAAGAGAUUUAAUUCUUCAGUUUGAAUACCUAUAUCCUUUUCCUCUCAACGAAUAAUAUUAGUCCUAAAAAAUUAUCAUUAUGAAGAACAAAACAAAGUUACACUAUGUACUCUGUAAUAAAUGAUAUUUUGUUGCAUUAAA